GACAGUCCCGGAAGAGACGUGGCAAAAAAGGGCCGAGAAGAAGAGGAAGGGGAGACGUCGGUGGUCUCUGCCCCGAAGGACGCCUCUGCCUCCGCUGCCGCCGCCAUGGGCCUCUGCAAGUGCCCCAAGAGGAAGGUGACCAACCUCUUCUGCUUUGAGCACCGCGUCAACGUCUGCGAACACUGCAUUGUGGCAAACCACACCAAGUGCAUUGUCCAGUCCUACCUUCAGUGGCUCCAGGACAGCGACUACAACCCAAACUGCCGCCUCUGCAACACUCUCCUCUCCACCAAAGAGACGGUCCGGCUGGUCUGUUACGACCUCUUCCACUGGUCCUGCCUCAAUGAGAUGGUGAGCCAGCUCCCCAAAAACACGGCUCCUGCUGGCUACCAGUGUCCUAGCUGCCAGGGCCCGCUCUUUCCUCCGGCCAACCUGGUCAGUCCGGUGGCGUCGGCUCUGCAAGACAAGCUCUCCACCGUCAAUUGGGCUCGGUCUGGGCUGGGGCUCCCGCUGAUUGAUGAGACAGAGGUUGUCCAGGAGACAGAUUCGCACAAUGCCACGGAUUACACAGAUUGGUCCAGUUUCACAAACCUCAGCUCAGAAGAGACGGCCCAGCAGACCCCUUACAGCCCAAGCUUCCCUUCUCCUCAGCAACCCCAGCAGAGCCUCAACAACGGAGGCCUGCAGGAGCAACACACCGUCAUCAGCAUGAAUGACCUGGGUGCGGAUUCCGUCACCAUCAACGCAGCCUCGUCUCCACGGAAAGUUUAUGACACGCGGGAAGGUGGAGUCGGCAGAGCGUCGGAGGUUCAUAUAGAUUCGGACGAAGACAAGUACCGCCGGCGCCCGGCCCUUGGCUGGCUUGCCCAGCUGCUCAAGAACCGCUUCAGUGCCAGGAAGCAGCCGCGCUCCUUGAUGCAAAGGUUUGUCAUCCUCCUCCUGAUCGGCGGGAUCAGCUUCCUCACCCUGGUCAUCGUCAUGAUGAAACUGGGCCGGGCCUCGGCUGACAACGACCCCAACCUGGACCCUUUGUUCAACCCCCACAUCCGGAUCGGGAAACAAUGAAGGGGGUUGGCCUCCCCUUCCCCACUCCUAGCUGUGGCUGGGUGGCAAGUCCCCGCUUCUGGCUCCCCAAUUCCUGGAGCCUGGAGAGGGUUGGACUGGCCUGGAGACCUCUGAUCCCCCUCCUCUGUGGCCUUUGCCUGGAAGAGCAAGACUAUGGGACCACUCAGAAAACUGGGACAACGGCACUUUGGGUGAAAGGGGGCUGCCUCCUCAUCCCUCCCUGCUCUGCAGACUGGAUCUGGAUUUUGGAUUCUGCAUUUUUGGGGUGCCCUGGGCUGCGUCAUCCAGGUGAAACGUGAGGUGAGCAGUAGAGAAAGGCCUGGGGUUGCUUUUGCCUAACAGAUGAACUUGACACUACAGAGAAAGAAGAGCUUGGGGUUUGGGGUCUGUGGUUGUUUUUCCCAGUUGCCACUCGCCGGCACCUUUGCUGCUUUAUCUACCUGGCUUUCCUAUCACUAAGGAAAAAUAACAGAUUGUGGGGGAGGUAGACAUCAUCCUUUAUCCCUCCUCUCGGUUUGAGUUGCUGUGGGGGGUUUUGUAUGCAAGAGCUGGGGAGGGAGGCCCUGUACUAACCAUACUCUUUACUCCGCUUCACCUGGGAUUUCAGAGGUUUUGUUAAGUUUUAUUCCUCUGGUUUGGUGUUCAAAGACCUGCCCCACUGUUUCCAUUUCCCCCACAGCAUUUGUAGAUGAAAGGGGACCACUUUUGGGGUUCCUUUCCUCCCUCUAACUUGGGGAGACGUUUCAAGGCUCCUGCCCGGCUGGUGCUUGAUCACAGGGGUCCCUCCAUCAUGAAAAGGGGUCUCUUGAGAGGUCCUGGGUUCUUCAUCCAAGAGUUUUAUCUGUUCCAUUCUAGAGAUGGUUGCUUUAUUUAAUACAUGGGUCGGCCCCUUGUCUUAACAUCGUGCCUGAGAGACAUUCCUUAACGCCCAUACAUUCUAACCCUCUGCCUCCGUCACAUACAUUUCUGCCUCUUCAAAUGGGCGCGUUUCACUUGCCAUGGGGCUGGUGGCAGAGCGGCAUCCUAAAGAGCAUGGCCACCCUCCUCUGAGAACUGGGUCACUCUGCAAGAUGGGCAGUGGACACCCCUCAGCCCCUAUUCUUCAUCCAUAGCACCCUGGAAUUGGGGAGGUUGAGACACCUAUUUGUAUGACUGUCUACUAGGGGCGGCUAUUGUGAGGCGUUUGGCAGAUGAAGCCACAGCAAAGGGGUGCAGUGGCCCCUUUGCCCUCCUCCAUUUUCUUUUGAGGGGUGGGCAGGGAGGCAAAAGCAUCAACACACACCAAAGCAAUAGACUUGUUUGUUGUUGUUCUAUUAAACUCUCUUGGCUAAUCUUGA